AUGUCAUUUGCUGAACAAGUACAAACCGAUAGUUGUGCAUUUAACGCCUUGUUAUGGGUUGUUUUUUCAUUCGGAAUUUUGAAAUUUGUUAGUUUCACCUUGAGAUAUGUUUCAUUAAUUGCUGAUCUAUUCUUCUUACCAAAAACUAAUUUUAAGAAGUACGGUGCCAAAGCUGGUUCAUACGCAGUCAUUUCAGGUGCUUCUGAUGGUAUUGGUAAAGAAUAUGCUGGGCAAUUGGCUCAACGUGGUUUCAAUUUGGUUUUAAUCUCUAGAACUUUAUCUAAAUUAGAAACUUUACAGAAAGAAUUCGAAACUAAAUAUAAAAUUCAAGUUAGAAUCUUGGCUAUUGAUAUUUCUCAAGAUGUUAAAGAAAAUUAUAUUGCUAUUAAAGAAAUUUGCAGCGAAUUGCCAAUUACUGUUUUGAUUAACAAUGUGGGAAGAUCUCAUUCUAUCCCUGUCCCAUUUUUAGAGACUGAAGAACAAGAAAUCAGAGAUAUUAUCACCAUCAACAAUACUGCUACUUUGAUGAUUACUCAAAUCAUUGCUCCAAUGAUCGUAAACACUGUCAAACGUGGUAACAAAAAGCACUGUGGUUUGAUCUUAACUAUGGGUUCUUUUGGUGGUUUAAUCCCUACUCCACUAUUAGCUACUUAUAGUGGUUCUAAAUCUUUCUUACAAGCUUGGUCCAAUUCUUUAGCCGGUGAAUUGAAAUCUUCUAACAUCGAUGUCGAAUUAGUCAACUCCUACUUGGUCACAAGUGCCAUGUCAAAGAUUAGAAGAACCUCGGUGAUGAUUCCAAAUCCAAGACAAUUCGUUAAAGCUACUUUGAAUAGUGUUGGAACUCGUGGUGGUUCUCAAAAUAGAUUCGCUACUAUGACUCCAUACUGGUCACAUGCUCUGUACCAAUUUGUUAUUAGUGAAACUAUUGGUGUAUACUCCAAACUAGUCAAUUCUAUUAAUUAUUCCAUGCAUAAAUCUAUUCGUGCAAGAGCAUUAAGAAAGGCUGCUAGAGAUGCCAAAAAGAAUUAA